AUGUCCCAGAGACGUCAAAGUCCUUCCACCGUGGCUGUAAUUCUAAAGCACUUUGGAAAAAUACCUAGAGCCAAGUUUUACCAACCGCUCCUUACACCGUCCGACCGAAAAUGUGCACGAGUUCUACUACGCACUUUCGUUUUUAGGGAGAAGUGCUUCCGGCACGUAAGGUCAAGGAGCACUUCCGGUAGUUACACAAUCAAUGAGGACCAAGAAUGGAACGAACUAGGCACUGGAAACAUCUCAGCCACAUUCAUGGACAGGUCCCAGGCCAUGACUCUGCUAGUCCGAUCAGAGUCUAGCAGCUCAGUGGUCUUGUUGUCAAGGAUAAAUCCAAACACUCUUUAUCAGAAAAAACGGGGGAGGUUAAUUGUUUGGUCUGAAGUUGAGAACCAUACAAUUUCGUUAAGUUUCCAAGACCCAGAAGUUUGUGACAAGAUCUGGGAAGACAUUUGCUGGGUUCAAGGUAGAGAUCCAUCUGUGGACAUUAUACACUGCGCCUAUGAAUCUGAGAAAAAACAGUCUCAUGAAGUGACAGAAGCUGGUAAUUUCGUUCCACUGCAUACCUGUGAACUCGAGCAACUGAACUGUUUGCUGACUACAGCUCUCUCUUUACCUGCCUGUAUAGAAAGGCUGGUUCUGGUCUUGGAAAAUGCGAGCUGUAUUAGAAGAUUACUACAAAUGUUCCAUACUUGUGAGAACCUACAGGAUAUUGAGGGCUUGCACCAUUUGUAUGACAUUUUUAAAGGAAUCUUACUCUUUAACAAGACAUCUCUGUUUGAGAUCAUGUUUUCUGAUGAGUGUAUCAUGGAUGUGGUGGGAUGCCUUGAAUAUGACCCUGCUUUGGCUCAGCCAAACAGGCACAGGGAAUUUUUGACCCAAAAUGCAAAGUUCAAGGAAGUUGUGCCUGUAAGAGACUCUGAACUUAGACAAAGAAUACAUCAGACAUACAGGGUACAGUACAUCUAUGACAUUCUUUCGCCUGUACCAUCAGUGUUUGGCAGGAAGUUAUUUUCCAAUCUUAGAAAGUUUAUUUUCUUCAACCAAUUUGAGAUUGUUAGCAUGCUACAGGAAGAUGGCAGCCUUUUGUCUGAAGUCUUCACACAGUUAAAGGAUGAAACUACAGAUGAUGGUAAACGGCGUGAACUGCUGUUUUUUUUCAAGGAAUUCUGUGCAUUUACUCGUACAUUACAUCGUCAAAGGAAGGAAGCACUAUUUGAAACAUUGACACAAUUGGGACUUCUUCCUGCUCUUAAAGUUGUAAUGAACGUGGAUGAUCUGCAAAUAAGGUCAGCUGCUACUGAGAUAUUUUCUUAUCUGGUGGAGAAUUUUCCAUCCUUGAUCCAAGAAUUUAUAAUGGAGGAAGCCCGGCAGAGUAAAGAUUGUAAUCAUUUCAUUAAUGUAGUAAUCAAACAAAUGAUCUGCAAUACUGAUCCUGAGCUAGAAGGUGCUAUUCAUAUAAUGGGACUUCGUGCUCUUCUUGAUCCUGACAACAUGCUGACAACACCUGAUACAUGCGAAACAUGUGAAUUUCUAAGUUUCUUUUAUGAACAUUGCAUGCAUAACUUAACAGCAACUUUUUUUGCUAUCACCUCAAAAGAUAAAAGUGAAGAGAAUGGUGUAGUUGGAGCUGACGAAAACAAUUUCCUUAUUUUGGGUGCUGUUCGCUUUAUGAGAAGGAUAAUUGGCCUUAAUGAUGAACUUUACAAUUAUUACAUCAUCAAGGGAAAUCUUUUUGAGCCUGUUGUAAAUGCCUUUCUGCGUAAUGGAACUCGGUACAGUAUGUUGAAUUCAGCUAUUAUUGAGCUGUUUGAAUACAUAAGAGUGAAGAAUAUCAAGUCUCUGGUUACAUACAUAGUAAAAAAAUAUUAUAGUGCACUUGGCUCAAUUGAAUAUGUUCAAACAUUGAAAAGAUUAAAGAGUAUAUAUGAUCAAGCAGAAGGCCAGAAGAAUCAAACAUGGAAGAACUCACAUCCUACACUGCACAGUGAAAUGUUUCACACAGGUGCUAGAGUUUUGAGUAAGAAGGAAGAAAUGCAUUUUAAAGAAAAUACAGAGGAAGAAGCAGCAGUUACACCAGCCUUGGAAAGUGAUUUCCAAGGUUGUUACGAUAAAUUGAUGGAGACUGAAAAAACAAAAGGAAAUGAAGACAAGGUACAUCAUCGUAAAAGAACAUCUUACGGUAGCUUCAAAGUUUCUUCACCCCAUUCAGCCAGUGCUGCUAGUAGAACAAGUAGCCCAAACAGUAGUAGCUCAGUUGGUGUUGUGGAUUACUCUGAUGAAGAAGAUGACACAUCUUCCAGGAAAAGACCACAUCUUGCUUAG